AUCCAAGAAAUCGUGGAGAGAAGAACGAGGAAGAAGAAGAAGAAGGAAGAGAGGUUUUAGAGAUCUCAGAUCAAAUUAACAUGAUCGCGUAAUAUGGGCUUGAAAGGCGUCUCCUCGGCGCCCGGCGAUUUCGUCUACUUCAAGUCUCAGGUCCCCCUUCACCGGAUUCCCAUUGGCACAAAGCAAUGGCGGUACUAUGAUUUUGGCCCUAAAGUUGUACCUCCUCUUAUCUGUCUUCCUGGAAUAGCGGGGACGGCAGAUGUCUACUACAAACAAAUUAUGUCUUUGUCAAUGAAGGGUUACCGGGUAAUUUCUGUUGAUAUUCCACGCGUGUGGAAUAAUCAAGAGUGGAUUCAAGCAUUUGAGAAGUUCUUGGAUACUAUAGACGUUCAUCACAUACAUCUUUAUGGCACUUCACUUGGGGGAUUUCUAGCGCAACUUUUUGCUCAACAUCGUCCAAGGCGUGUUAAAUCUUUGAUAUUAUCUAAUUCAUAUCUUGAGACUAAAAGCUUUUCUGCAGAAAUGCCAUGGGCUCCAAUUGUUGGUUGGGCCCCCUCAUUUUUGCUGAAAAGGUAUGUCUUAACAGGAAUUCGUGAUGGCCCACAUGAACCUUUCAUUGCAGAUUCGGUGGACUUUGUUGUUUCUCAGGUGGAAAUGCUUUCUAAAGAAGAUUUGGCAUCAAGGCUUAGCCUAACAGUUGAUGAUGCCUCAGUUGGACCCCUUCUUCUUCCAGAUUCGUCUAUUACCAUAAUGGAUACAAAUGACUAUUGUGCGGUUCCACUGCAACUCAAAGAUCAACUGAACGAAAGAUAUUCUGGAGCCAGGAGAGCAUACUUGAAAACAGGGGGUGAUUUCCCAUUUCUUUCACGUCCUGAUGAAGUUAACUUGCAUCUUCAGCUGCAUAUGAGACGUGUUGGGGUAGAAGCCCGGCCAGAUUUGAUCCAGGUUGUUCCCAAAGGAGGUAGUGACAGUGGUCCUAGUGAAAAGAAGGAUGAAAUGGGUGGCGAAGAUGACGCACACAAAGAUGGCAAAGAUCGCAAUGAAAGCUUGCCUUCGGAAGGGCAGAUACCUCCAGCGCCAGAGAGCUCAGAAUCUCAUAGCUUGGAGGAUCAGCCACUAAACAAUGCCGCAGCUUGUUAUUUGGGUGGUGAGAUGCUUUUAUCGACUCAUGGAGAAGAUAAAGUACUUGAAGUAGUUGAAGAGAUAUUACUACGGUAUGUGCACAUGAUUUGUGUAACUUGUUCGUUGUUAGGCAUGAACGAAGCUGCUUCAUGCCACUUCUUAUCAUUGAUGCCAAACAGGUAGGAGUAAACUGGUCCGCUGCACAUAGUUGCGUACGAACUUUGUAAGUUUUGUUGUGUUCAGUGUGAUUCCUCGGUCUCUGUUUCACUAAAUUCUUUUUUCUUUUUUUCUUCCUUACAUUUGAACUUGAUUUGUUGUAUAUUUUUUUUUUUUACCAUGAUUGUCAUUUCGUCGAGGUUCAGAUAUUGUAGUUCUCGGACAAGGUAUAAAUAUAGACCAGGCAGAUUUUCUGAAAGGAAA